GGAGCUCAUUGCAAAAGUAGCCCUUGUCACAUGAACUUUUAGACACGUUUUACUCGAUUGCACCUAUUGCCAACUGCGGAGAUCAUGUUGUAAUGAUGAAAUGACCGUCAAGUUAGUCUACCCUGAGUAGCCCUGAGAGGAAUUGCUUUAUAGAGUUUACAUUCAUGAUACUGGGUACGCUCAAGGAAGAGCUUUGGAGAUUGCAUAGGUUCAUGUGACAAGGGCUACUUUUGCAAUGAGCUCCUCAAGUGUUUCAUCCAGAAAUUAUCCAUCCUCAUUAGUCUGUGAUCAUUUCCUCGCACCUUAUCAAAGUUUUGAAAAAUUCACUGAUUAUUUGCCAUGUGAUGUGAAGUGAAUGUUAAAGAAUGAAUUAAUCAAGUAUUACUGCAUUAAUUGAAGUCUUAAUUAUCAUAUUCCCAUAAAGUAUACAUUCAUUUGUAUUGCAUUUCGUACCCAACUCAAUAUCAUUCGCGUAAAAUGGAAAGCGCCGUAGGUAACCUGUCACCGUCCCAGAAAGAUGAGCUAAUGGAUCAAGUUAAACAGCAAAUUGCCAUUGCAAAUGCUCAAGAACUACUUACGGAUAUGACGAAGAAAUGUUUUAAUAAAUGUGUAGUCAAACCAGGUUCAUCGCUGGAUAGUUCAGAACAAAAAUGCGUUGCUAUGUGCAUGGAUCGUUUCAUGGAUUCAUGGAAUCUAGUCUCUAGAACGUACGGUAAACGGAUAGAAAGCGAGCACAAUCGACAGUGAUGCUAGUUUCGUGUGAUGUGUGUUCCAAUUUUGAAUGUAGUUGGUUUGUAAGAGGCUUUUUGUUAAUUAUUGUAAGAUUUAUCGAGACGUUUUUGUGAUAUUUCAGACAUCAGAGUCAAAAUACUGUCAUUUUAUGUUGUAUGUUUUUUUUCUUUUUUAAAACGUCUCAAAUGAUGAUUAAGGUGUCUAAAUGAUGUAGGUAUGUUAAUUAGUAGAAGAUACUAAGUAUUCUGCUUCAAUGUUUUUCUUCCUCCAAAAUACACAUUAGAAGAAUUUA